UAGUUUCUUUUCCUGUUGCUAUGAUAAAAUGCCCCAACAAAGGCAGUCUAAAGAAGAGUGGUUUAUUUUGGCUUAAAAUUCAAGAUGUAGUCUGUCAUGGGUUUGGGGGGGGGGGGGGAAGCAGCCUGAAACAGCUGGUGACAUUGCCUCCACAGCGUGAAACAGAACGACGCAUGUGCACUGGUGCUCUGCUGACAUCCCUCUUCUUAUGGGCCUCACUCUCCCACAUCAGUUAACCUGAUAAAGACAAUCCGAACCUAGAAACUCUCUCUGCAGCAUCUGGAGGCUUGUCUCCUCGUGUGCUUUUAGAUGCAUGGGAAGAGAAAUCACAGCUAAGCAGGAACAGCAAACCACCCGGUGAUUUUUGCACUUGAACGGCUACAUUUUAAUCUGAAGUAGAAUGUCCGUUUAAUCAGCACACCUGGCAGGAUCAAGUUUCCAACUCAAAUAUGCAUUCUGGCGACUUUCAACUUGCAGUUUUGCCUUUGUGGGAGACUCAGCCCAUGCUAGGAGCUACUUCCGAGUUGCAUACAUCCCCAGCUGUUUUUAUACCAUUUCUUACAUGAUUAAAAUUCCGAAAAAUCACAUCUGUAUGUGGAAAAUCUAUACAAUCCUAACCUGACGCAAUGCCUUUUGCAUCUAACUUGCCGCCUUUCUACAUAACUGCCCUCAUAAGACUCAGUUAUAAGUCCCUUAUAAAACGUAUUCGCAGCUCUAGGCCACCAGUGGCUUAAAUACAAGUGGCUCUAGGCUGGAUGUGAGAAGUUCGACUUAAACCAGGAGGUUCCAGAUCAGGACUUGGAAGGUGAGGAGUCAUGAGUUCAAAGUCACGUUGGGCUGCACUGUUUCUUAGAGCCAAACGGACAAAUUAAAAAACCUGAGCAGACACCACAAGUGACUAUUAGCGACGUUAAAGUGUCACAUCUUCCCCUUGCCUUUGGUGCAUGCCUGGACCACCAGGCCCCCCUGAGAGACAUACGCAGGGCACCGAGGAACCGCAAAGUAGGGAGCCAUGUUUGAAAACCCUAGAAGAGGUCUGUCUACACGAAGCAGGUAACGGCGCUAUUGGACGCCCCUCAAAAGCUGUGCAGUUUGGCCUUCACAGCUUAGCCUUCCGGGUCUAAUCUACCGACACCAUAAGGCUCGGCGGCCAGCGUGCAGGUGUAGAGGGAACGGGCGCGCCGCAGUGCAUGCCGGGAGUCGUUGUGGAGCCACGCGGAGGGGCGCGCUCUCAGCCCCGCCCCCACACAGCUGUUUUCCGCGUUUCUCAGGAGCGUCCCUCACCCCCGGACGUGCGGCACAGACCUUCCCAGCUUGCAUCUCGCUCGUCGGCCAGCCAAGAAAGUCAGUUCUCGGGACUGGAAGAUGACUGAGGCCUAGCGGGGCCCAGAGAGCGAAGGUUGGACUAGAUGGCCUUCCUUCCUUCGGGCUGGCCCCGCCCCCGCCUCCUGAGCUGCUGGGAGUUGUAGUUCAUGAGCCGUCCCGAGUCUCUCUGUCUUUAAGGUCCCUCCGCCUCCCGCGAUGUUCUACGCCUCAGGCCGCCUCUUAGCGGCCCGGGCGGCCACCACGCUUUCCGCCCCGCCCAGAGCCCGGGGCCCGGCGCUCCGCGGCAAACGGAGGGAACUACAAAUCCCAUGGCACCUCGAGACGCCCUCUUAUGACUCCUUGACGGGGCAGCGGACAAGACCCGGCGUGCCUCCGGCCCGGAGGGUGAUCUUUAGGAAGGGGAGGAUGCCGCCGGCCGUAGGCGGUGGCCUAGCGGGCUCCGAGCUGCGUCCCCGUAGAGGUCGCAGUGUGCAGCAGGCUGCCAGAGCCGUGAGCCGAGACGUGGUACCCGAGGCUGCAGCACGGAGACUUAAACGGCCUGCUUGGAGCUCGCGGCGCUUCCAGGCGGCAGGCUGGUGGGCCACGUUGGCCGUGGUGACGCUGCUGUCCUUUGCCACCCGUUUUCACCGGCUAGACCAGCCGGCGCACAUCUGUUGGGAUGAGACUCACUUUGGAAAAAUGGGAAGUUACUAUAUUAACCGCACCUUUUUCUUUGAUGUUCAUCCACCACUGGGAAAGAUGCUGAUCGGUCUUGCUGGCUACCUAAGUGGAUAUGAUGGUACCUUUCUGUUUCAGAAGCCUGGGGACAGAUACGAGCACCACAGCUACAUGGGAAUGAGAGGAUUCUGUGCUUUCCUGGGUUCCUGGCUGAUCCCCUUUGCCUACCUCACUGUACUGGAUCUAUCCAAGUCCUUCCCAGCAGCACUGCUCACCGCCGCCCUUCUCACCUUUGACACAGGAUGCCUCACUCUGUCCCAGUACAUCCUCCUUGACCCCAUCCUGAUGUUCUUCAUCAUGGCUGCCAUGCUGAGCAUGGUCAAGUACAACUCCUUCGCCAGCAGGCCUUUCUCUGCCCCCUGGUGGUUCUGGCUCAGCCUGACUGGCAUUAGUCUCGCUGGUGCUUUAGGAGUCAAGUUUGUUGGGCUCUUUAUCAUCGUGCAAGUGGGGUUGAACACCAUUUCAGACCUCUGGCAGCUGUUUGGAGACCUCAGUCUUUCACUGGUGACUGUGGGGAAGCACCUGACUGCUCGCAUCCUGUGCCUCAUAGUGCUGCCUUUGGUGCUCUAUGUGACCACUUUUGCUGUUCAUGUCAUGGUGCUGAAUAAAAGUGGUCCUGGUGAUGGCUUCUUCAGCUCUGCCUUUCAAGCCCGGCUUUCAGGGAACAGUCUUCACAACGCUUCUAUCCCUGAACACCUGGCAUAUGGCUCUGUAAUCACUGUGAAGAAUCUCCGGAUGGCCAUUGGCUACCUGCAUUCUCAUAGGCACCUCUACCCUGAGGGCAUUGGUGCUCGCCAGCAGCAGGUUACCACUUAUUUGCAUAAGGACUACAACAACCUGUGGAUUAUCAAGAAAUAUAAUACCAACACAGAUCCCCUAGACCCUUCAUUCCCAGUGGAGUUCGUCAGACAUGGAGACAUCAUACGACUAGAACACAAAGAAACUACUCGGAACCUGCACAGUCACUAUCAUGAGGCUCCCCUGACCCGGAAGCACUAUCAGGUCACUGGCUAUGGCAUAAAUGGGACAGGGGACUCAAAUGACUUUUGGCGGAUUGAAGUUGUAAAUAGAAAAUUUGGGAACCGGAUCAAGGUACUGAGAAGUCGAAUUCGCCUCAUCCAUUUGGUCACAGGUUGUGUCCUGGGAUCUUCAGGAAAGAUUCUACCUAAGUGGGGCUGGGAGCAGUUGGAAGUUACUUGUACUCCGUACCUAAAAGAAACCAGUAACUCCAUUUGGAACAUAGAAGAACAUAUCAAUCCCAAACUGCCAAACAUCAGCCUGGACGUGCUGCAGCCCAGUUUUCCUGAGAUCUUGCUGGAGUCUCAUAUGGUCAUGAUCCGGGGAAACAAUGCCCUCAAACCCAAGGACAAUGAGUUCACAUCCAAACCCUGGCACUGGCCUAUUAAUUAUCAGGGCCUGCGCUUCUCAGGAGCCAAUGACACGGACUUCCGAGUCUAUCUGCUCGGCAACCCUGUGGUCUGGUGGCUGAAUCUGGUGAGCAUGGUCCUCUACAUCCUCUUGGGGAGCACCAUUGCCAUCACUCUGCAGAGAGGCAUCCAGCUGCCCGCAGAGUUGCAAGGGCUGACCAAGGUGCUGCUGCGAGGAGGUGGCCAGCUGCUCCUGGGAUGGAUGCUCCAUUACUUCCCUUUCUUCCUGAUGGGCCGGAUCCUCUACUUCCACCACUACUUCCCAGCCAUGCUCUUUUCUAGCAUGUUGACAGGUAUCCUAUGGGAUACUCUCCUGCGGCUCUGUGCCUGGGGCUUGGCCCCUUCUCCCCUGGGUAGGAGAAUACAUGCAGUGGGAAUCCUGUGCCUGCUUCUGGCAACUGCCUACAGCUUCUACCUCUUCCACCCUCUGGCUUAUGGGAUGGUUGGUCCCCUAGCCCAGGAACCUGAGAGUCCAAUGGCAGGACUGAGGUGGCUGGAAUCAUGGGACUUUUGAGGCCGCUGCCAGGACCCCAGCCUAGAUGUGAACAUUGUCCAGGGACACCGAGCUAUGAAGCCAGAUCCUGGGCCCUUCCAGCUUCAAGGGAGCUGCCUGAGGAGCCCAAAGCAUUCUGCUGCCCCCAGGACCAAACUCUGGGAAACAGACCUGGAUUAUACUAAACACUACAAAGAGCCACAGCCCUGUCUACAGCACCUACACGGGGCACUUGACCUACUGCACUGCUCGGUGCCAGUUCCCAUGAGACACAAGGAAAGCAGGUUUGAGUGUCGGAGCGUGCAUAUGCCCAGUCCCUUUGGAGUGUAGACCAUGUAACUGUGGCAGCCAAGUGUCAUAAACUCCAAGAAAUGGUCCAAGGUUAACAGGAUAUUCUCUGGUAUCUUUUCACAUUGGAUUUGGUUUUAUUUAGGUUUGUAAGAUCCUUGAGACAUUUUCUAAUAUUCUAGAGGGUUGAGAGUACCGCCCCACCCCUCAUGGUGUUUUAGAGGCUCAUCAGGUGGGACCGUUAAACCUCUGCUGCCCUUCUUCUCACAUGCUUCCAGUGAGGCUAGCAAAUCACCCAGAACUUCGGGGCUGGCCUUCUGCUAUUGCCCACAGUGUCUUCUCUGGAUACAGUGCUGCCUGGAGUGUGUACAGUGCACUGGGUUCCCCAGUACAAGCUGGCAGAGGACUUGUCAGCCUAUGGUUGGCCUUCCUUAGGCUUUUGGUUCCCUGUUCUGUGAACUGGGUGAGUGGAACCCACACCUUGGCUGCUACGUAUCCAGUGUCUGUUUCUCACUGUCCGUUACCUUUUCUCUAUAUUUGCCCGACUCUGAGGACCAAGCCCUGCUGGCUUACAGAGCAACUGAGUCUGAGCAAAGCCCUGUGGGCUAAGCAUCUACUGGGAUGCUGAGGUAAGGCUGCUCAGCCUGACUGUCGUUUCUUACUUGGCAUUCCUGUCUUCACCCUUCUAGCCCUCCCUGAUGAUACCCUCUUCUACUUUCUGGUCAUUUCUCUAACUUUCUGGCACUGCCUUAUCAUGUCUUUUCCCCAGAGACCCAGAGCACCUGAAAGUGCAGGACAGCUUCUACUGUCUACCGUGUGAGCUCAGAGCUCUUCCUUCUAUCCCCUUGCCCAAAGGGAAGGAACUGCAUCAACCCAAGCCCAGUCCUUUAGUCUGCCUCCUUCCUUUCAGUUCAGAACAAAAUAUUUAUUUGAUUCCAGAAGAUUUUGAUAUUUCAAGGCUUAAUGAUGAAUUUGCCACAGUUCACCUUCCCUCUAAUAUAGCUCUCAAUGACUCUGACAGGGUCAGAGUUCUUUAAAGCAUCUUCAAGAGGUGGUUGCCACGGAGACUAGAAAUUGGUCUCAGGGACAGGCUGUGCUACCUACAGAGUGGUGGAGAGGGAAGCUUCUGGGCUAUGCUUGGACAUUCAGCUGGAGCUUCAUUAAUGUUAAUAGAGGAAAUGUAGCCCUGUCAAGAGCAGGGCAGAGUAGCUAAUUAGAUCUGAGACCCACUGACCGUCCUCGCCCAUGGCUACGCCCUUUUGACUCCCCUCCUGUCCCCACCCCCCAGCAGGAAGUGCAGCUUGUGCAUUAAAGUCUAAGCUGCCUGCUUAAUUGUAUUUCUGGCAGGGACUGGGGAGCUCUACUCCCAUUGCCCUCCUCAACCCUUGCCUGCAGGCCCAUGCAGGGCUGGUUUCUUCUGAGCCCAGUGGGGUACCAUGUAGGUAGAUUCUCCUGCAGAGGGGAUACAGGAAUCUGUGCUUGGCUUUAACAAGGUAGCCAGCCCAUGGAACAUCUAACAGGUGGCUACUUUUCUCUGUGCCUUAUUUCUGGAGGCACUGUUAGAGGAGAGUAACCAGGGAGCAGCCCUUAGAGCCAGAGUAGGUAGGAGAGUUCAGUGGAUCCUACAUGCCUCUCCCUUUAAUGCCACACUGAGGACAGAAGGGUCUCUUCUUAUUUCCAAGUAUGGGAAAAAAGGGUGCCCCCCCCCCAACACCUUCUUCUCUCAUACCCAAACUGGCAGAUACUUCUGUGGGAAAAUUUGGAAGAUGGAGGGGCAGUGGGCUUUAGGGUGCUGCUUUGUGUGUGGGUUGCAGCCCUUGGGAACUGACAGAUGUGGUCCAUCUCAGCCGGCUGGUGAGCAGGAAGAUGCACCAGGCAGCCUAAUGCAGCCAGGGUCUUGACCCACCACACUUUGUCUUUUAAAAAGAAAAAAAAAAGAAAAAAGAAAAGAAAAGUUUCCAGAGAUAAUCAGAGACCAUUACUUUUGUAAUAAAUAGCUCUUGUUUUCAACACU